CUUUGAGGGGCAAAAUGUGCUGCGAGAAGUGGAGCCCAGUGGCCGAAAUGCUUCUCUUCAUUGAAGACCGGGGGGAAGAUUCUAAGAUCCUGUGCCUCUGCUCCAGGGCGUUUGUGGAGUAAGUGGGAAACGCGUUUCUCCCGUUUCUAGCACGGUGGUAGGUGUGGUCAGCGGGGUUGUAAUUGUGCGCCGAAAACGGCCAGAUUGUCCGCCACGGGUAAGAAACACAAAACCCCUCAGGCGUCACGGAGUGGUGGCCUACUGCCAUUGCCAUUAAACGAAAAGACUUAAUUCUCAUUUCGUAGGCUGUGAUGAGAACACGUGGUAGCUGAUCUACGUCAUUUCGAGUUUAUAAAUCGAGGGGGCAUUUAAAAUUUGGGAGAAGUGAAAAGUGAAUGUCUAAUGGAUGCGACAUUUUCAGGGAUCGAAAACUGUGCAAAUUGGGAUUAAAAGGCUACUAUGUCAAAGGCAAUGGCAACAACACAGGAGAUCAAACUACAGAAGAGGAGGAGUAUGAUCAUUCUCAGGGCACUGAAAAAUCCUGUGACAACAAAGACUUCAACCCAAAUGAAAGUGAGCUUGACUCUGAAGCUGAGCUCAUGAAAAGUAUGGGAUUGCCACUUCAGUUUGGUGGUGUAUCUGCAUAUAAGAAUUUUGAGGUGUCUAUGAAUACUAGAAAUAAAGUUAAAAUGAAAAAGAAAAAGAAAAAACAUCAAAAGAAGUACUUAGAUGAAAUUAUGCAAGAAUCUUGGAGAAAAGAAUAUGAAGAAGAUGACCUUUUGGUUUCAGAUGGUCCAUCUUCAGUUGAGCAGUAUGAAAACACCAGAACAUGUGACCUUCAAAGCAAAGGAGAUAAUGAAACAGAAAACCUUUCUGUUGAAAAUACAUUAUCUCCAAAGCUAGAAGUUACAGAGAAAUGGGAAAAGUAUUGGAAUGAAUAUGGAGGAAGACUGCUGUGGCAAAACUGGCAAGAAAAACACCCAGAUGAAGUGCUAUGUUGUGAACCUUGGAACUUUCCCGAUACAAAGGAAGAAUGGGAGCAGCAUUAUAGUCAACUUUAUUGGUACUACUUGGAGCAGUUUCAGUACUGGGAGGCUCAGGGUUGGACUUUCGAUGCUUCACGAAGCUGUGAUACAGAUGCUUGCAUGUCUCAAAUAGAAAGUGACAAUAAGAAUGAUGAAAAUAGCAUAAAAGUGAACUUAGUAUCUUCUCUGUCUUCACCUAAUGCAGUUGAUAAAGAAAGCUCUGGUUCAAGUGAAAAGGAACAUAAUGAAAUACUUGAUGGAAUCAGUAAUAUAACUUUGAGGUCAGAGGAGAUAGAACAGAGCCAGUUAGAUUCCUCUGUAGGUUGUGGACAGCUGAAUGAAGUUACCAGUGGGAGAGAGUGCCCUGCUUCUGGCCAGAAUAAACCAUGUAAUGGAGUGAGCAAGGAAAGCAACUUAUCUGGAAAUAGAAGCACAGACCAACCAGCUCAAGAGUCACAGGAGUCAUUGGGAUCAAGUGCAAGCAAAGACAGAUCACAUACCAAUGGGAUUGGUGGAGAUGAGAAUGAAGAAGAUCCACCUGAGAAUAAGCCCAGCAAACUCAAGAGGAGCCAUGAACUGGACAUCGAUGAAAACCCAGAUUCAGACCUUGAUGAUAAUGGUUCCCUUCUAGGAUUCAAGCAUGGCUCAGGACAAAAAUAUGGAGGGAUUCCAAAUUUCAGUCAUCGACAGGUCAGGUACCUAGAGAAGAAUGUGAAACAUAAAUCAAAGUACCUGGACAUGCGCAGACAAAUAAAGAUGAAAAAUAAACAUAUCUUCUUUACUGAAGAGUCAGAAAAAACAGUUUUCAAGAAAAGUAAAACUCUGAGUAAGGUGGAAAAAUUCCUAAAAUAUGUUAAUGAACGAGAUGAUGAAGCAUCACAGGAAUCAUUUUUACACUGUCACAUGGAAGACACUUGCACAAGCAGUGAUUCAGAAGACCAAGACAUGUCUGCUAAAACAGCUGAUUACCCAAUGGAGACUAGAAAUCCAGAACCUGAAAAACGUGAGGCCAUCUCUUCAGCUGGGGAAUUUGAAACAGAAAAGAAUGAAGGCUACAGCUUGGUAGCAGCUGUUGCAGAGAAGCAAGAUUCUGUAACUGAAGAAAUACCAGACUGUCCUCAGGUAGACACUGAAGCUGAAAUAAAAAAGAAAAAGAAGAAGAAAAACAAGAACAAAAAGGUAAAUGUUCUGCCUCCUGAGAUAGCCUCUGUUCCUGAGCUGGCAAAAUACUGGGCCCAAAGAUACAGGCUCUUCUCCCGUUUUGAUGAUGGGAUUAAGUUGGACAGAGAGGGCUGGUUUUCAGUUACACCUGAGAAGAUUGCUGAACACAUUGCUGGACGUGUCAGUCAGUCCUUCAAGUGUGGCACUGUAGUAGAUGCAUUCUGUGGAGUGGGAGGAAAUACCAUUCAGUUCGCCUUAACAGGAGAAAGCGUGAUUGCCAUUGAUAUUGACCCUGUUAAGAUUGAUCUUGCUCGUAAUAAUGCUGAAGUUUAUGGAAUAGCAGAUAAGAUAGAGUUCAUCUGUGGAGAUUUCCUGCUCCUGGCUCCCUGUUUAAAGGCUGAUGUUGUGUUCCUGAGCCCUCCAUGGGGGGGACCAGACUAUGCCACUGCAGAGACCUUUGACAUAAGGACAAUGAUGUCUCCUGAUGGCUUUGAAAUUUUCAGACUUUCCCAGGAGAUCACUAAAAAUAUUGUUUAUUUUCUUCCAAGAAAUGCUGAUAUUGACCAGGUGGCAUCCUUAGCUGGACCUGGAGGGCAAGUGGAAAUAGAACAGAAUUUUCUUAACAAUAAAUUGAAGACAAUCACUGCUUAUUUUGGUGAUCUGAUCCGAAGACCAGCCUCUGAAACCUAAAUGUGAGGCAGUGUAAGGACAAGAAGAUCAUGUAAUGGGCAGGACAGUCUUCACAUGAGACACUGGGGACAUGUCUUCCUGUGCUCACUAAUAUUUUGUAUCCUAUCUUAUGUAUGUAGUACAUGUUAUGUGAUACAGAAACCUUUAUGAGUUUUUUGAAAUCUUGGGAGAACAUUACUGUGACCCAUAUACAUCUGAACAGUAAGUGUCUGAUACAGGAAGAGGAGAAGUAUGCCCCUGUGCUUAAUUUCAGUGUGUCUCUGUAUAUGUGUGUUUAUUUUUUUUAACUUCCUGUGUUUUGACUUUAAUUUUGUUUUAACUUCUUACAUAUUAACAAAAUUAAUCUUUAUUAUUAUCUUUGUGUGUAUGUGUAUAUGUAUAUAUAAAAAACUGCUUUUUUAAUAUAGUGCAAUACAAAGAAAACAAUGAAAAGGUUAUGCUCUGUCCAUCCAUUUAACCCCUACUGAAAUAAUGAUGUUAUAUUAUUUAAUGCUAGAAAUGUAAACACAAAAUGGUUCAAAAAGAAAAGUCUCCCAACAACUUCCCUAUGCUUUUGUUCAUCUGUCGAAAGAUAAUCACAGCUAACGAUGUUUAUAAUUCUUUUGGGGAACAGAAAAUAAUUGCAGUAUACCUUAGUACACUUUUUUUCCCCCUUGUUCAAU